GAGAUAAGACCUAUUUUGGAUAAAUUUGAAUGAACCUAAAGCCCGCUUGGUUGCCAAAACAAAGCGAAUAAUCGCAAAUACCUUGGAUGUACUCAAUAAAAUGAUGUUCAUGUGCCUUAAAAUAUAUUUCGAUUUUUGUGGGAACGACAAUUGUGCUUUUGACGCUUCAGUCAAAAUCGUUUAGAAAGCUAGAUGUCUCUAAACUUGUACUUUGGCUCAGAGAUAUACAUAUAUAUAUUGUAUACUUACCAAAUUAAGCUGCGUGUCCAGGGAUGUCUUCUUUGAGGACAGCAGGUGCCGCCGUCUAUCUGCAAAUCAACUGCCGACAGUGAAUAGGAAAAUGCCACCGAAGCACGGAGAUGGAGCCCCCACUGAUGGGGACGACCCCGUGGAGCUGGCCAUUAUGAUCCUGAAAGCAGAUCCCCGAUACCGCAUUAAACCGAUACAGCAGGUCGUGUCUGCGCUCCUCGGUGGCCUCCUUACCACCUUUGUUGUGACCCCGCUUGAGGUGGUGAAGACGCGGGUGCAGACGCAGCAUGCUAUCCGCCAGAGACCUACGGUCUCUAAACUCUGCUACGUCUUCCACAACGGCCUGAUGACGCAUGUGUGCCGUUCUAGUGACCUGUGUUAUCCGAAGUCGGGUCGAAUUCCCCACAAUUUGCGUCCGCCACGCGGCUCCAUGGACGCUUUUGUCAAGAUCCUUUGCAGUAGUGGCCUGGGUGGUCUAUGGGCCGGCCUCAGUCCCACUCUCGUCUCGGCACUGCCCUCCACGAUCAUCUACUUUCUGACGUACGAGUAUCUCAUGAACUCUCUGUCCCAUUUAUACCUGUUAACGCGCAUGAGCGCCAGCAACUUGAAUAUAGACGACGCUCCGUACAGGGAAUCAGAGCCUGGAGCUUUCGGCGGGGAUCCCUUGGACGCCCCGAAGCGCCCAAGAAAUGUAAACGCUCCGACAUCCGUAUCUUCAGUCGUCCCCUACUACGUACCGAUGGCCUCGGGCAUCUGUUCGCGAACCCUGGUAGUCACUGCCAUCACGCCCAUUGAGAUGGUGCGCAUCAAGAUGCAGUCGGAAUACAUGACCUACUCGGAGCUGUGGCAGGUGCUGCGCACGCUCAUUCGGCAGCACGGCGUGAUGGGGCUCUGGCGUGGUUGGCCGCCCACUGUGAUGCGGGACGCUCCCUUCUCCGGCACUUACUGGGCAGCCUAUGAGGCGAUGAAGCGUGCCUUCUCCGAAAGGGAGCCCUCAUUCCUCUUCAGCUUCCUUGCGGGCGCCGUUUCCGGAGCGGUGGCCACUUUAGUGACCAUGCCCUUUGAUCUGGUCACUACCCACACCCAGAUCGAGCUGGGCCAGAGCGUGCUCUGCGAGAAGAUGGGCACCAAGAGCACUGGUGGUAUUGGCACUGGCUCUGCGCUCAAGGACAGGCCACGACAUAGUCCCAAUACUCUAGGCAAAUCUUCGGUGUUCUCCCGCCUGGGACAAAUCUACCGGCGGCAGGGCGUCCGAGGACUCUAUGUUGGGGUCAUGCCGCGUAUGCUCCGCGUGGUCCCCGCCUGUGCCAUAAUGAUCUCAACCUUCGAGUAUAGCAAGUCGUUCUUCUUUCACUAUAACAUGGAUCUCCAGGAAACAGCCUACCGACGAAACACCUAGCGAAGAAACUUGUGCUUCUACAACAACAACAACAACAGCAG